AUGAACCAACAACGAGACAGCAUAACGAAAUUAAUGCAGUACGCUAGGGAGCAUAACAUUCAGUUACGCCAGGUAGAGAGGCGAGUGAAUGUGAAUGACACAUUGUAUGCAUGCUCCACCAAUACAAGCCGGCAGCAUGCCUCCGACGAUGCCGCAUUCUUGACACUCGAGAUCCUUCGCGCAGAACAACGAUUUUCGGACAUCCUCCCUAUUACUGUAACUCUACCUCCCUCCUCCCAUGAGGAAACAUACCGUCAACUGGCGUCGCUCGGCUUCCGGGAAUGCUCCGCCAUCACUACGCUGGGUCCCAAACGAUCUUCACUUAUUCGUCUCAUCUGCAACUCUGGUUUUGAAUUCCGUCGUGGAAGUCCUUUCAUUGCGGUGUCUGGUCUUCCGCCCGCGCUACGAGAAGCAACGCCGCUGUUUGGCCUCCUUUUUCUGACCUACUGCGGCACCGGUCUCGCGGGCGCGCCUAUUGUGGCGAACAAGAAUGCUUUUCGCACUAUAAAAGUUGCGCUAGGAAGGGUGCCCUUCCUCACUUUUCUGAUACCACUUGUCCCCUUGUGCAUCAUCAUGCCUGAUCACAUUAAACUGCUGCAGAACAAAUCCGAACGCGAAAAAUUCGUGUUGGAAUGGGACGACAAUGAAAUUUUUGGGUUCAACAACUCGACGACAUGGCAGUCAACCGUUAUAAUAAACGGUGUCCCUGUGGCCACUGGGGAUGGGGCACGUAAAGCAUACGCCAGGGAUAAGGCAGCUAAAGAAAAGGGGUUACUUGUGGGCCUGGGCAUACCAGACAUUGGCAGUGUCGUUGUGUCCGACCCGGCUAUGACAUCCCUGAUCGCGGACCGCAUUAUGAUGUGGACGACAAGCCGGCGUAUUAACUUACCUGUGAAAGCUUGCUUUUCAAGGUUGAUUGACCAAUUGAAUUCGACACUGCCUGUGCCAUAA